CACUCUUACUCUCUCAGCGCCACGGUUUUGCGCCUGCGCCCUUGCGCGCAUUCAAGCCGCGGGAAAGUUUUCCUAACGCCUUCUGCUUGUCGGCUUGGCUACCCAAAUAGAAACAGAGAAGACUCAUGGGUUGGUCUGUGGCUUUCGCAUGAGGAAAACGGUGUGUCCCGGAGCGAGAGAUUUCAAGCCCCAGGGACAGUCACAAAGUGCCACUUUUCUUCUGUUUGAUUAAGAAGAGGAAUCAUGAAAGUGAAGGCGUCUCAAGAUCAACCAGAAUCUUCUGGCAAAAAGAAAGGAAAAGGUGAAAAAAGAAAAAGGAACCCUGAGAGAGAACAAGGUACACAAGCAGUCAGGAAGAAGCGGAUGCAACUGAGAACAGAGUCCCCAGAAGCAGAAACAACUUCUUCACACACAAAAGUAGUGAAGGUGACUCCAGGCCAAAGAGCAAAAUGGCAGCCACUCUCAAAGAGCGCCAAAGUGCACCUGGAAUCCAUGAUGAAAUGGUUGAUUAUAUCUCUUUUAUAUGAAAACACAUUGAAUCACAGGGAAGUUGAAAUGCACCUAAACAUUCUCAAGGAAAGGCUUCUCAAACGUUUUGAGACCCUAAGAGUUCCUGUGGAGAAGUUGAAGAGCCUGGAGAAAAUACAUAGGAUUCUAGCAGAGGAGAAAAAAAAGUCUGCAGCUUUGGAAGAAGGUUUGGCAGAACUGGAGGAAGAAAUAGACAAAGCCGUGCAAGCAGCAGAGCUUAGAGAGCAGAAUAUUCAGAGUCUCCACAACAAAAUACAGGAAUUAAAACGGGAGUUGGCAGCAGAGGAAGAAACAGCAAGUGAGUUACUCCAGAGAAAUGACAGUGAUGACCUUGCUCUUCCUGAGCUCCCGAAACAAAGUAUAAAAGCACCCAUGUUUCAGGAGCAGAUUCUGAAGAUUCAAAACCAAGAAAGUAUUCUUAAGAAUUUGAAUACCAUUCUGCAAUCAGAAGAGAUGAAGAUUUCUCUUGAAAAGGCGUGUAAAAAGGUGGACUCCUGAAUCAAGUGAGUUAGUACAUGAAAGCUGCCUACUGAAGAACAGAGACACAACCCAUAUCCCAUAUUGUCUUAUUCUGCAUGGACAUAUGUAAGGAAGGCUACAUAAUAAUGUGUGUUAACCAAUUUUUUAGAACAUGGUGACUAUGCUUCUCUUAUAACGUUCUUUCCAGAUUGCAUUCCUGCAUUUUUCGCGUGUGUGUGCGUCCAUGUGCUGCAAUUUGUUACAUGAUUGGAGGCAUGUUUCAGCCUCUACCUGAAAAUAUAUUUUCUGUUUGUCACUUUGGUAUCUGAACUUGCAUAAUGUGGGUUUCCCUUUAUUGCAGUAUGUUUGAUUGCUUGGUGUAAUAUUCUGCAAUUCUGGGGAUGCAAAGAUGGCAAGAGCCUAGUUUCCCAUGAAAGAACUGUACCUACUUAGAAGAUCUAAAUUUUCAGACUUCAUGUAUUUUUCAGAGAACCAAAUAAAAUGGCUUAAACAUAA